AUGAGAAACGUAUGGAUCCUAUUGGCCGCGGUGCCGGUUUGGGGGAUCACCCUGCACCAACGAGAAUAUCCCGCCGUGGUGCAGAUGGACAUCCAGCGCAACGAUAUUGCCGAUCCAGUCGCUCGAGAUCAAGCCCGGAGAAAACGGUCGACAAUCAGCCAAACCUUGGACAAUGAGGAAACUUUGUACUUCUGCAAUAUCACGUUGGGAACCCCCGAGCAGAGCUUCCGUCUGGUGAUCGAUACCGGAAGUAGCGAUCUAUGGACCAAUACGCCCAAUUCUACCUUCUGCGAAAACAAAGAGAAUGGCUGCAGCGUGUCGGGUACAUAUGAUCCAACCUCCUCUUCUUCCUACGCCUACGUUAAUUCCGACUUCAAUAUCACCUACGCCGAUGGAACCGGGGCGGCCGGGGACUAUGUUACCGACACGUUGAGCAUUGGCGGCACCAAGGUCAAGGAUUUCCAGUUCGGCAUUGGCUUUACGUCGGAAUCUGCCGAGGGAGUGCUUGGAAUCGGAUACACCGCGAAUGAAGUGCAGGUGGGCGCCAACGGGGAUUCGGCCUACGCCAACCUACCCAAGACCAUGGUCAACAAGGGACUGAUCCAAUCGAACGCCUAUAGUCUAUGGCUCAAUGACCUGGAUGCGAAUACUGGGUCCAUUUUGUUUGGCGGAGUCAACACGAAGAAGUAUCACGGUACUCUGCAAACCGUGCCCAUCCAGAAAGUCGGCAACCAGUACGCAGAGUUCAUUAUUGCACUCACCGGGAUUGGUCUCAGCAACUCUUCAGGGACGCACUCCUACUCAUCGAGUGCCAUUCCUGUCGGAGUCCUUCUAGACUCUGGAAGCUCUCUCACAUAUCUCCCAGACGCCAUCGUCAACGACAUUUAUAAUGACCUCGACGUUACAUACGAAUCUCAAAGUGGCAUCGGCUAUGUGGAAUGCAGUCUGGCUUCCAAAGACGUGAACAUCAGCUAUACGUUCUCCUCGCCGACCAUCAACGUCGGUCUUAACGAACUGAUCAUUGAUGUUGGAGAUCUCUAUUUCCGCAAUGGCAAGAGGGCCUGUGUCUUUGGCAUUGUGCCCGCUGGAAGCAGCACGUCUGUCCUGGGCGAUACUUUCCUCCGUAGCGCAUACGUGGUUUACGAUCUCGCCAACAACGAGAUCUCCCUCGCCAACACUAACUUCAACAGCACCGAGAACGAUAUCUCCGAGAUCGGCACCGGGACUGAUUCCGUCCCUGGCGCCACCGCUGUCUCGAAUCCCGUGACGACAGCUCCGGUUGGGGGAACUGCAGCUCGGAUCGGUGGCAUUGGAGGAUCAGGGGUGUACACCUCCAUCUCUGCGACCGGGAACCUGGCUGUCCCUAAGGCUACUGCCAUGCCUAAGCACCUAGCUCUUGGUCUUGCCGGUGCCGGUGCUCUUUGGGCUCUGUGA